AUGCGCAAUACUUCUACAGUUGUUUCGCCUUUCUAUGACUCAGAGCCUGGUGUUCCACUGCCCCUUCCCCCAAUGCUCACAGACCAGUUGGAGGUGUUUGGUAAUGCAGAUUGUCGCCCAACUACACUUAUUGCUGAUGAAAUCCUUGGUCCUAAAGCCAGUAUUGUUCCCACUGCAAGGGCGUCGUCGUCCGCACCCACCCCUGAAUCUAAACUUUCGAAGCGGAUGCUCAAGUAUUCUAAUCACUCUUCCUCUCCAUAUCCCAAGAGAGCCACCUCUAUGUGUUCCAAUUUCCGCACGCCUCCGCCCUCAGAUUCCUCAAGCUCUUUGAGUUCUUUCUCAGAUAGCGACUCCUCGACUUCGAGCGUGGAUUCAUCGGAAGGCUCGAAGAUACCUAAACCUGCUGGUGAACCUGGGCGUCCAGGGCGCGGGGGGUACACACUUCAUGAAGCUUUAGAUUGGAAUCCAAGGGCAUAUGCAAAAUUCAAGAAUUCUAUGUAUACUCUCAUCGAGGACCAUCUUGACACGACAAAAUGCGCUUCUGCCCAAAGUCCUGCGCUGCUGAAAGUCAUGCAUGGCAAGGCGCUUGACAACUUCCCAGACCUCGACAAUUAUUGCAGUUUAUGGCCAGUCAACGAUAUGAUCAUGACACGCCUGAAAUACACAUCUGGUCGCGCGAGACAAAAGAUGGGAGAAAUGGCUGCAGGCAAGAGCAAGAGCAAGGCCAGGAAGUGA